AUGGGCCGCCGAGCCCUCGCCGCCGCCGCCGCCGCCGCGCCCCCAGUCAGUGCUCCAUCACUGCGCUCAGCGCGCAGGCGCGCUCGCCGCGGCAGCCUGGGAAAUGUAGUUCCACCCGGGGGUCGCCGACAGCCGGGACACCUGGAGCCUGAGGUGCACCAGGAGAAGUUGGUGGAGAUGGCUGAAAUGGAGAGAGCCCGGGGCUGGGAGGCAGAAUCCCUACCAGGAACCACAAGCCUGAGUGUGAAGCAGGGACCUCCGUCACUGCAGGUGGAGCAGGACAGCCAGGUGACCCUCACCUGCCAGGUGGCCCAUGCCCAGGCCUGGGAGCGGCUCCGUGUUGGGUGGGCCAAGGGCACCGAAGAGCUCUGCUGGCUGCAUGUCACUAAUGACACCCUCAGCAGCCUGUGUGGCUGUGGGCCCUGGCGAGGGCUCUCCUGGCAGGCACCCGGCCACAUCACCCUGAGGCUGGACAUGGUGAACACCAACGACAGUGGGAACUACGUGUGCUGGGCAACCAUGGAGAUUCCUGAGCUGCAGCAGGCCAAGGGCAACGGCACACAGUUGCUGGUGAAGGGAGAACUCCACUUCGCGCUGCUGGUGGCUGGGGUGGUGGUCGUGACAGCUUUGGCGCUGGGCGGUGGGAUCUGGGGCUGCAGUCGUUACUGCCGGAAGGAUUCAGGAAAUACUUUCUACAGCAAUGUCCUAUACCGGCCCCGGGACACCCCAAAGAAGACUGACGCCUGUCCUGGGAAAGAGAAAGUUCUGGGUCCCCCAAGAUCGGAUCAGAAACCACAUCUGCCCCCCAAACCUUGCCCCAGAUCAAGGCCCAGCCACCCCAUAUCUGUGAUUAAGGUCUCUCCCAGCCCAGGUGCCUUUGAGCGGCCUUUGCCAAAAGGGUCCCCUAGAGCAGCACUGGAGAUAGGGGAGGAAGGGUAG